GAGAGACCCCGCCCCCCUAAAGAAGAGAAGUCGCGGCCCCUGCGGGACGGGGGUAGGAACGAGAGACUGAGGGAGCCAGACUGCUGGGCCCCCGAAGAGCGUUGGGGCUUGUGGAUGGUAGCAAGCCUGAGUCCCAGAAAUUGGGCUACGCUAGGGACUGGGGACUAGACCGGAGUCGCAGAAUUCCGUCGUUCGGGGAAGGGCGCUUCGGCUGGGAUUUGGAGGUGUGUGGACGGCAGGCCGUGAGGUCUCUAGGUAGGCUCGGACGCUGGGACGCAGGCGAGCAGAGGGAAGUGGCGGUGCUGGAGGGGCGCUGGGAGUCGAACCCAGGGUGCUGGACGCGGGAUUCCCCACGCUCAACAACGACGCAGCGGAGUGGAACCUUCAACUGGCUCCAAGCGCUGUGGGAUCUGGAAGAGGCAAGCGAGCGAUGGUGUCGUGGAGGGCAGAAUGAGCAAGAAGAAUUAGGAGGAAGGCUGCAUGUGCCGGGGCUAGGGGCUGGAGGCCCGGGCUCUAACUGCACCUCGGAAGGAAAAGGCAAACAGACGAGGGAAGGCGUCCUAGGACUGCCUGGAUCGAGCGCACUUUCCACGGCCUCUGCAGGCCUGCAUCGCUAUGGGUUCCCCCGCCGCCCCGGAGGGAGCGCUGGGCUACGUCCGCGAGUUCACUCGCCACUCCUCCGACGUGCUGGGCAACCUCAACGAGCUGCGCCUGCGCGGGAUCCUCACUGACGUCACGCUACUGGUUGGCGGGCAACCCCUCCGGGCACACAAGGCAGUUCUCAUCGCCUGCAGUGGCUUUUUCUAUUCAAUCUUCCGGGGCCGUGCGGGAGUCGGCGUGGACGUGCUCUCUCUGCCCGGGGGCCCCGAAGCCAGAGGCUUCGCCCCUCUCCUGGACUUCAUGUACACUUCUCGCCUGCGCCUCUCUCCGGCCACUGCACCAGCAGUCCUUGCCGCUGCCACCUAUUUGCAGAUGGAGCACGUGGUCCAGGCAUGCCACCGCUUCAUCCAGGCCAGCUAUGAACCUCUGGGCAUCUCCCUGCGGCCUCUGGAAGCAGAACCCCCGACACCCCCAACAGCCCCUCCACCAGGCAGUCCCAGGCGCUCUGAAGGACACCCAGACCCACCUACUGAAUCUCGAAGCUGCCGUCAAGGCGCCCCCAGUCCAGCCAGCCCAGACCCCAAAGCCUGCAACUGGAAAAAGUACAAGUACAUCGUGCUAAACUCUCAGGCCUCCCAAGCAGGGAGCCUAGUGGGGGAGAGGAGUUCUGGUCAACCUUGCCCCCAAGCCAGGCUCCCCAGUGGAGAUGAGGCCUCCAGCAGCAGCAGCGGCGGCAGCAGCAGUGAAGAAGGACCCAUUCCUGGUCCCCAGAGCAGGCUCUCCCCAGCUGCUGCCACUGUGCAGUUCAAAUGUGGGGCUCCUGCCAGUACCCCCCACCUCCUCAUGGCCCAGGCUCAAGAGACCUCUGGAUCCCCCUCUGAGCGAGCGCGUUCAUUCUUACCAGGAAGUGAAUUUUUCAGCUGCCAGAACUGUGAGGCUGUGGCUGGGUGCUCAUCGGGGCUGGACCCCUUGGUUCCUGGGGAUGAAGACAAACCCUAUAAAUGUCAGCUCUGCCGGUCUUCCUUCCGCUACAAGGGCAACCUGGCCAGUCACCGCACAGUGCACACAGGGGAAAAGCCUUACCACUGCUCAAUCUGCGGAGCCCGUUUUAACCGGCCAGCAAACCUGAAAACACACAGCCGCAUCCAUUCGGGAGAGAAGCCCUAUAAGUGUGAGACGUGCGGCUCACGCUUUGUGCAGGUGGCACAUCUGCGGGCGCACGUGCUGAUCCACACAGGGGAGAAGCCCUAUCCUUGCCCUACCUGCGGGACCCGCUUCCGCCACCUACAGACCCUCAAGAGCCACGUCCGCAUCCACACCGGCGAGAAGCCUUACCACUGCGACCCCUGUGGCCUGCAUUUCCGGCACAAGAGUCAACUGCGGCUGCAUCUGCGCCAGAAACACGGAGCUGCUACCAACACCAAAGUGCACUACCACAUUCUUGGGGGGCCCUAGCUGAGCGCAGGUCCAGACCCCACUUGCUUCCUGUAGCGGGGAAAGCUGCAGGCUCAGGCCUUGCUUCCCUAUCAGGCUUAGGCAUGGGGGUGUGCAAGGCCACUUUGGUAUCAGAAAUUGCCACCAUCUGAAUUUCUCGCUGGGGAGAGCAGGGGUGGCGGAUCCCGGCUAGAUCUGCCUCCGUUUUGCUGGUCAAAACCUCUUCCCCACGAGCCAGAUUGUUCCUGAGGACAGAGCUAGCUAGGGGCCGGGCGAGGGGAGAGAUGGGAGGUUCUGGUCUCCCUAAGGGAAUAGCCCUCCACCUGUGGCCCCCGCUGCAUUCGGUUUAUCUGUAAAUAUAAUUUAUUGAGGCCUUUGGGUGGCACCAGGACCUUCAUUCUGUUCCAUGUCUCACUUCCGUCUUCCACAAGUGUGAUCAAAAGUGACCUGGAACA